AUGAAGUGCUCGGUCUGCAUUGCGCACGCCGGUGUGGGCACGAACUUCGGCGCCAAAGGAGAAGGGGCGACCGAUGUGCAGACCCAGGCAAUGCGGAGGCAUCAGCGCACACGGAAGCACCACCGCGCUCUGCGCAGACAGAGGACAGCUGAGGCGGCGCUCAAGGCUAAUCGCCGGAUUGACGAUAACCCGAAGGUGAAAGACGUGGAGAAGGAGCGCCUGAUCGCGCGCUUUGAGACGACACUCUUCAUCGCUAAGUCCGACGCCCCGAUCGAGAUGUACGUGGACCUCGUUGACCUCACUGUAGUGCACUCCAUCAUCUACAUCGAGCAGGGGUACUUGAACUGUGGCCAGCAGUUUGGCGGUGGGACCAGCGAGUUGCUGUCUGCAUUCCUCGCGCGGCACGCCUCGCCCGACUGCCGUGAAGUGACUGUGGAGGGGGUGGACAAGGAGGGUCAGCCCCGGGUACACACGUUUCAGCUGCACGAGGAAGCAGUGAAGGGAUACACCACCAGCAGCGGGGACAUGCAAGGAUGUUACACCUGCUGCCGCUCAUUCGCCCGCGAGCUGGUGUACAACCUCGUGCUGUGCUUGGGGGACCUGCCGCGCUUGAACGGGGCGAAGCUCUUCAUGCCCCGCUCGUGGCCGGGGUGCGUCGAGGCAAGAGAUGCAGAGUGCAAGGAGGACCUGCACGGCCUCGUCCAUCUGUUUCAGGCCAAGAACCGGGACACGAUUUUGCCUGGUGUUCAGAAGCGUGCAGCACGAGCGGAGCUGCGCACGUUUCUGCCGUGGGAGAAGGUGGUGGACAUUUGGAGGAGCAGCAGGAAAAGGCGCCCCAGCAAGCGCAAGGAGCAACCUGCGCCAGAGAAGGAGCGGGCCAAGGCCAAGUUUGUUAAGGGGAGUGGCCGCCGGGUGCUUCAGGUGGAGAAGGAGGAGGAGGAGCUAGAUGACGAGGGCAUGCAUGGUUCUGCAGGCAAUGACAGUGAGAGUGAUGACACCGGUAGCAGUGGUGAUGAUGCGAGCGUUUCUGAUGAUGACAUGACAUGA